AGUAGCUGCUGUCUCACUUCAAUCUCAUCACAAUCUAGUAACUGCUGUCUGCAAGCUCACUUGGCCAGAGAUGGUCAAGAGUGAACAUGCUGAGCUGCUUCUCCACUUUGAGAGGUCACAGCCUCAGCACCCCAGGCAGAGAAAGUAUCUGUGAAAGAUUAAGAAGACAGCUGACUCCACCCAGAGGCCACAGGCCACAGUGCAGCAGCCACAGGACUGUCACAGACACCCCAGGGAGGUCUCCCCGGGAGUGCCCACCAGUGACCUACCACAAUCAAGGUACCCCAGUGAAGGCUCCCUAAGCCCCAAAACCAAUGGCACAGAAACUGGGAAGAGCGGGGGGCAACUAUCUCCAGGCCCAGAAACACCCCACAGCUCUGGGCAGGUCUUCCCAGAGCUGGGCACAAAAGACCUAGAGAGUCAAAGUGCAGGGGGGGAGACCGAAGUCACAGCCACCGGCCCCCAAGAGACCCUGAGAAGCCUGGCGGACAUCCACCCAGGCCUGGCUGCCACUACUGAAAACACAGAGAGCCAUGCAGAAUCCCGGCCAGUGUGUUCCCUGCAGACAGUCGGGCCGCGCUCGUUCUCUGAGCCCUGCCUGCCUGUUUCCCCGGGCAGCCAACCCGACCAUGGUCUCUUCUUCCCGGGCACCUCCACCACCCACGCCUCUACCCGAUCGGCCUUGAUUUUGGGAAGAGACAUGACGACAAGGUCUCUUGAGAAUUUGAUUUUCUCUAAGGGCCUGUGUGAUAAAGAUCGAGAUGUGUGGCAUUUGGGCAAUGAACAGCUUUGCACCACACGCUGGGUAGAGGAGGAAGGAGACCCGCAUACUGCGUCACCUCAGUUGGAGUUAAAAGAGGCCAUUAGGCUUUCUGAGCUCAAGAAGGAUUCUGAGCUCUUAAUUCAUGCAUCACCUUGUAUAUCAGAACAUCCUAAAGUGCCUUGUCCAGGAGGGGAGAAAUCCAUCCACCACAGAUCUGCAGGCUGCUGGAGAAAGCUAUAUUACGCAAAUGGCCACGCUUUUCAGGCCAAAUGCUUCAGCAGAGGAGCUCGCUGUGCUGUGUGCACAGACCUUGCAGGGGGACUUGGCUGCCGGGUGUAUAAGUGCACCGACUGUAAACUCUUGGUUCACAAGAAGUGCCACAAACUUCUCACGGUUGAAUGUGGGCAGCGUUCUUCACCAUCAGAGGCCAUGAUGCCAGUUGAUCCAUCAUCCGUGGCUUCAGACCCUGCAAAGACAGCGAUCCCACGUAACCUUUCAACUUAUGAGGCUUUAAAACAAGUUGAUAAAGAGAAUGGGGCAGGGAACACAGGGGAAGGUGGCAAAGCUUCGUCUGGUCUCGGUCUUGAGGACUUUGACUUGCUCCGCGUGAUUGGCAGAGGAAGUUUUGCGAAAGUACUAUUAGUCCAACUGAAAAAAUCAGAUUGUAAGUAUGCAAUGAAAGUAGUGAAAAAAGAGCAUGUCAGCCCUGAUCGGGUAUGGGCAGAGAAGCACGUUUUAGAGCAGGCAGCCAAUUAUCCCUUUCUUGUUGGACUGCAUUCUUGCUUCCAGACAGAAAGCCGACUGUUCUUUAUUCUAGACUAUGUCAAUGGCGGAGAUCUACUGUUUCAUAUGCAGCAACAAAGAAUACUUCCUGAAGAACAUGCCAGGUUUUACUCUGCAGAAAUCUGUUUAGCGUUCAGCUAUCUACAUCAGCGAGGGAUAAUGUACAGAAAUUUGAAAUUUGACAAUUUACUACUGGAUUCAGAGGGGCAUAUUAAACUCACCGAUUACUGCCUGUGUAAGGCAGGCUUACAGCCAGGAGGUACGACCAGAACUUUCUGUGGCAUUCCUAAUUACCUGGCUCCAGAAGUUGUAAGAGGAGAAGAUUAUGGUUUUGGUGUGGAUUGGUGGAAUCUCGGAGUAGUCAUGUAUGAGAUGAUGAUCGGAAAGUCUCCAUUCCAUUUUGAUGAGAGCCUUGUUAACCCUUAUGAAAACUCAAUGGAUUAUCUCUUGAAAGUAAUUUUGGAAAGCAACAUUUAUAUACCUCCUUGUCUGUCUGUACAUGCUGCCAGUGUACUGGAAAGAUUUCUGGACAGGGACCCAAAGAGACGAUUGGGCUGUCAUACUCAAAAGGGCUUUGUUGAUGUUCAGGAACAUGCAUUCUUUCAAAAUGUGGACUGGGACAUGAUGGAGCAAAAGCAAGUGGUACCUCCUUUUAAACCAAAUGUUUCUGAGGAAUUCGGUUUGGACAACUUUGAUCCUGAAUUUACUAAUGAGCCUGUCCGGCUCACCCCAGAUGAUAAUGACAUUGUGAAGAAAAUAGAUGGAUAUGAAUUUGAAGGUUUUGAGUACAUCAAUCAUCUAUCCAUGUAUGAAGAAGAAUGAGUCUGAUCCUCAUUUUUCAACUAUGCACUCUGCCUAUGUUGCCAUUUAGUGCUUGGAAAAACUUGUCACCAGCCUAGAUAGAAUUAAACAUUUCAUAGUUGUCUGGAA